UAGUUGGAUGCUGAUAACUAUGAGACUGAUCCAUGUCUGAAAGAGAUUCGAAGAGCAGAAAAUUAUUCUUGGAUGGAUAUAGUAACCAUACAUAAAGACAAGCUUCCAAAUUAUGAGGAAAAGAUAAAAACAUUUUAUGAAGAACAUUUACAUCUAGACGAUGAAAUUCGCUACAUCUUAGAUGGAUCUGGCUAUUUUGAUGUUCGAGACAAGGAUGACAAAUGGAUCCGGAUUUCCAUGGAAAAAGGAGACAUGAUAACCCUCCCUGCUGGCAUAUAUCACCGAUUUACACUGGAUGAGAACAAUUACGUGAAGGCAAUGAGGCUAUUCGUUGGAGAACCCGUCUGGACAGCAUACAACAGGCCGGCUGAUGAUUUUCCUGCUCGGAAACAGUAUAUGAAGUUUUUGGCUGAGGAAGCACAGUAAUGGUGCCUGAGACCUGACAGGUGGAACAGCCUGAAGACCUGUCAGAAUAAAUGUGACUGGUGGCUUUUCACUGAUUAGACUACUUCUAUUUACAUAG